AAUCUAUCAGUUGACGGAGGGACGGAGGGUGUAUGUGUGAUUCGCCUAAAAUGAAUGUUCUCGUUUGCGCGCGGUGACCGGCUAUGUAUCCGACACCGCUGGCCUCCCCAGGCCUGUCGUUCGCGGUCCACUCAUUCUUAGCCUCACCGCACGCUCGGAACACCUGUGGUCACAACGGGUUGCCGUUGACACCUAACUCCGUGAGGAUACUCGGCCGAUUCCAAGCACUCAAGAAACUCACGCACCCCUGUCUCGCAACAUAUCUGGAUCUGCAAAGAGGCAAGCACGAGCGAGUGGUGAUUGUCUGUGAGUCGUACGAGCGAAAUUGUCAGAAGCUGCUGUCGUCCGACAAGAGUCCGACAGCAGAGAUCAACAGCUUCGCGCACUUCGACGGAUCUCCUCCGGACUAUCCCGAGGUUGUCCGGAGGAUUUUCUACGAGAGUUUACACGCAUUGGCCUAUCUCCACCGGCAGAAUUUCGUUCAUCACUCCGUGUCUCUCGAGAGCAUCCAGCUCACAGACGCCCUCCACGUCAAGCUCUCCAAUCAUGGUACCUACUUCAUUACGGAAAACGGUGCUUGCGUUCCCUUCCCGAUCGGUUUGCCGAAGUAUCUUCCACCCGAAGUUCUUCUGGAUCCCAAGGGUCUGCACUCGCCGAAAACGGACCUGUGGUCACUCGGGAUCGUAUUACUCGAGUUGGCCUUAAGGAAAGAGCUGUUUAACUUUGAGCUCGAAGAGCAGAUAGCUCUUGUGUUCGAGUGUGCGUCGAGCGAGAAGCCAGUGAUGUGUAUACUAGAACGGCACAAACUCGUGUACGAGUACCUCUGCUUGUCGGAGCAGGUUCGAGAUGCCAUUGAAGCGUGCCUAUCCGUGCCUCUGGAACACCGACCCUCGUCCGAGGAACUUCUAAGUCAUCCGUACUGUGAUAUGCAAAUUGAGAUGCUCGAGGAACCGCCAAAAGGUCUGCCAUCACACGAACUCAUCGGAGCCGAUCAGAUCGAGGAGUGUAUUGAGAAUAGUUCCCAGCUGCCCGAAGCGUGGGAAGUUCUCAAUCUUCACGAACUUUAUUAUUUUUGGAGACUGACCGGUGGAGACGCUCUCGCUGAGAUAUCCAAGCAACGAGAUUAUAUUCGAUCACGACCUGCGAUUUUCGGCCUGCCCAACUUGACGCUCAUCGAAGGCGAGGAUUGCGGCGCGGAGAGGGACUCUUCGUACUAUUAUCGGGAUACGUAUCUCCGUUUACCGAUGGAUUCUCUCCGGGAACGUUUGAAGUCCGUCGAUCCGGAUAUCAUGUUCAUUUCGAUAAGCAUUCUGUUCGAGAGAUUCAACUUUGAACGUCAUCGCUCAGAGAGUUUCACAACAAAGACGGCGUCUGAGCUGCCGCUGGUAAUACGAGAGCGUGACAUAGAAUACCAGAUCAGGCGGAUCUUCAGAUUCCGAAAGCUCGUUGAACUCUAUCCCUUGACGGGCAGAGCCAUUCAGCUUGAGGCCGCUAUCGAUAUUCCUCCGUAUUUCCGCGGUCAUGUUUGGGCCGCUCUGCUGGGGGCGCAGGGCGAUUAUCAUGCGGAGUUCGAUGAGAUCGACAAAGACACGCCCACCCCCAUGGACAGACAAAUCGAUGUUGACAUACCUCGCUGCCAUCAGUACGACCAACUCCUCUGCUCCCCGGUGGCUCACAUGAAGUUCCGUCGGCUCCUGAAAGCGUGGGUGUCUUCGCAUCCUCAGUACGUUUAUUGGCAGGGUUUGGAUUCUCUUUGUGCGCCGUUCUUGAGCUUGCAUUUCAAUAAUGAGGCGUUGGCCUAUCAAUGCUUGUCGCGUUUCGUCGAUAAGUACCUGCACAAGUUUUUCCUGCAAGACAACUCGCAAGUGAUCAAAGAGUAUCUCGCAGUAUUUUCCCGACUUGUGACAUACCACGAUCCGGUCCUUUCAUUGCAUCUGCAAAAAGAAGAUUUUAUCCCAGAUCUCUAUGCCAUUCCAUGGUUUCUGACGAUGUAUACCCACGUAUUUGCGCUACACAAGGUUUAUCAUCUGUGGGACGCUCUCCUGUUGCGCGGGGAAGCUUUUCCUCUCUGCGUAGGAGUUGCCAUUCUGACUCAGCUUCGCGAACAACUACUGACUUUUGGAUUCAACGAAUGCAUACUCACCUUCACCGACAUGCCUGAACUCGAUAUCGAACGACUCGUGAAGGACGCUGUCGAUAUAUUCGAUUCAACUCCUCAGAGCAUCUGCUUCAGGUCACACUCGAAGAGACCGAUUUCUGGAAUGACGCCCCUGUCCCUGGAGACAUUGAGGGAAGAACUCACGCCGAGGAUUUCGACCGACGAUUUUUUUAUUGCCCUGUCUGCACCCUCAAGCAAGGAUGCCUCGGGUCGAACAACUCUACGGGAACGUGUGCUGGUGCUUGACGUACGGCCAAAGGAAGAAUAUCUGGAGGGCUGUCUCCGGGGUGCUGUGAACAUUCCCAAAGACGUCGCGUUCACGCCGGAAGGUAAAUUGGCGUCUUGCCCAGAAGCGUCUGCCCUGGCAGCUCACAAAGGCAACAUCAUCGUAGUCUUCGGGAACGAGGAAGAUCGACGCAAAGUGGCCAAUCAACUCGUUCAUCUCGACUACCGUCAUGUGUGCAUACUGGACACCACAGUCCACGACAUUAGAAUCCGAAUGUCUCCGCCGAUCUGUCUUUACUAGCGAAUCAAAUCUUGCCCCUCGUCAUCGCACAUGCCAAUCCCAAGAUUGCUUAGAAAUGACCCGGGUUGGACCGAUCUUAAUGAAGACAAUUAGGCGCUGAAAUUAUGUAGAAACACCGGGGUCGGUGCGCGAACGCGCCUUGGACGGGUUUCACUGCGAACGGAAACGAAUGAUUUCGAUGAGCCGAGGCGAACUUUCAUGUAAAUAAGGUGUGAAUACAGCAUAAGGGACAGACCUGGAAUCUAAGAUUCGCGUCGCUCAAAUUUAGAUAAUAUAUAUAUAGUUGUCGUCUAUUUUCCUCUGGAUCUGGGACCAUCAUCAACUGAUUCUU